CGGUACUACUAAAGUUUUGCCAAAACCCUAGAUUUGACUUAAAAACCCUUUACCAAAAAGAAAAGACUUAAAAAGCCACCGCCACUUUCUUUCUUGGGAGAUCACAAUGACGAUGAUGUCGGACCUUCCAUGGGAUUUGGUCGAAGAGAUACUGUGCAGAGUUCCAGCCAUAUCUCUGAAACGGUUACGAUCUUCUUGCAAACGGUGGAACGGUUUAUUCAACGAUAAGGAAUUCGCAAGAAAGCACUUCCAUAAAGCACCUAAACAGUCUUUUGUUUUAACGGUGACAAAGGAAUUCAAAAUCUGUUUGAUGAGCCUCAAUCUCCAUGGAACCCCAUCUUUAGAGUUUAAAGGUGCGUGUAGCCUACUCGAUUACUCAAAUCAAGUCAGCACAGUCUUUCACUGCGACGGUUUAUUGUUAUGUACCUUCGAUAAAGAUGCUAGAAUCAUGCUUUGGAACCCGUGUACUGGUGGGACCAGGUGGAUCCAACCAUUUAAUGGAAGCUACACAUAUGCUCUCGGAUCCUACCAAGAAAGUAGCUACAAAAUAUUGAGCCGUGGGGAUUCUGUACAUGAAUUUGCAAUAUACGAGGUUAAUUCUAAUUCAUGGAGGAUUCUUGAUGUGAUUAAGGACUUCCUAUUACUGUAUACCAGUACAUACGUGUCUUUGAAGGGAAAGACUUAUUGGUUUGCUUCGGAUAGUAAAGAUGAACAACUCGACAUGUUCUUAGUUAGUUUUGAUUAUACAACAGAGAGGUUUGGACGUCUGAGUCUACCUUUUAACUGUCCUUUAGGUUGUUUUCGAGAUGCGGCUCUAUCAGUUGUUAGUGAAGAGAAGCUUGCAGUGUUACUACAACGCAAAAAUACACGGGGGAAAGAUAUAUGGGUGAGUAAUAAAAUUGAUGGGACUAAUGAGUUGUCGUGGAGAAAGAUCUUAACAGUAAAUAACGCCAGACGUGAUAUUUGGGUUACUAGAACUCGUUUUCUGCUCAACGAGGAAAAGAAAGUCGCCCUAUGUUGUGAGACAUGUGUACUCGACCUCAAUACCACGAUGAAAAAGUUAGUAUACGUUGCUGGGGAGGAAGAUAAUAUAGUCAAACUAAUGGACUAUGUAGAAGUGCAAUUCGGACCAAUUGUUCUUGAUUAUGCUCCAAGUUUGAUUCAAAUUCCUCAAAGCAUGGUUGCAAAAGAAAAAAAAAAUAGAGGUGACUAG